ACAGUAUGAAACUCCUGGUAAUACAUGAAUUAAGCAUUUAUUGCGGCUAACCCUGCAUCAAUUCCUACGAACCCUGCAUUUCUUCCACGAUACCACACUAUGCGUCGUUGUGAGAUGCGGGCUGAACAUGUUUCGAGUUUCGAUUCAACGGUUUGAGAGUGCGCACGCGUGUGCAGUGUAGUUCCCGCGUAGAUCGGUUUGAAAGGUGAAUUUUGGUGCUCGCGCAUAUAUAGAGCGUGGAUCGUUAUCGUUGGCGUAGCGGUGCUGGAUGCCUGAUCGUCAGCAGAUACGAUCGAAAAAUAUCCCUCAAAAUGGUUAUUGGAAGAGCGGUUGCUGAAGUUUUCUUUGCACGUGCACUCGUGUAGAGAAUCUACAUAAGGCUAGAUAACAGUUUCUUCCUGGAAGCUGCCAAAUCCAGUGUUCAUGGUAGUAGCCGGUUUCAUGUUUCGUCUAGUGAACUUUCAUUGACAUACCCACCCAACAACAUUCGGUUAUUUAAUGCUGUCGAAAUGCAAGUGUGAUUGUUAGUGCACAGCCGUCAAUUUAGCCGUUGAAUAUAUUUUGGAAUCCCUCGCCAGGGCAACCGCCAGGGGUUGCCUCGAUUGUUUUUUAUUAUUAUUUUGUCAUUUUAUUGCAAUCGCUUGAAAGGCAAGCAACAGCAACAGUAACAGCAACGACGGCCGAACAAGUGGGGCAAAUGCACCGUGCGAAACAGCAAUUUCAGUCUGAUGGUCAGUUGCGUAGCGUUUUUUUUCGGUACCGCCCUCUCCCUACAACCUCCCUUCAGACAACCAAUUCGUUCGUGUGUGAUCGACUAGCAAAAAAAUCGUUUGAGCUGUAAAGUUUGAGCUCCAAUUUGAUUCCGGCCCGAAGGCGAAAGAAAAUAGUUAGAGCAAGUUUUAGUGCAUCUCAAAAGUGUGUUUGUGAAGUGUUUCGACGUGUGCGUAUAUCUGUUGUUGUUUUUGUUUUAACCCAUAUCCUUAACAUAAUCAUCCGUGUGGGCCACUUAACGCUUGAUAAUACACAACUUACUUUGUUCGGUGUUUUUGAUCGACUGUAGUGUUGCGGUGUAGUUAAUCGAAUCUAUCAAAGUGCAAUUCACUCACAUGAACAAACGUACGAUCGCUGCACGCACGAUCGUUGGCACGCACCGAGCGAUUGAUAGCCAUUGCAGGCGUGCAAGUGUAGUUGCCUCACGUGAAAAUAGUAUGUCAGCUUCGGUGCAAUAGUGGUUGGUUUUGUGUCUUUCGCAAACUACCUAUAAGGUAUCCCUUGCAAACGCUGUGUAACGAAACGAGACGAAAGAAACGUAAAAUUACUUGUGAAAGGUGCCGUGCAACGUACCACCACCAACACCAUUGCUGUGUAGCUGUGUUUGCGUACCUAUCCGAAGAUCUUCUUUAGGAAAGCCAAAAAUUAAUCAAGAUGACUUGCGGCAUUUCUUGUGUGGACAAUGCGCUAAACAAAUCCUUCUUCAAGCUGGGUCUCUUUAUCGGGAGACAUCCGGGCUACUUUCUGAUAGUACCUGUCCUAUUAGCUCUUCUAUGUAUGACCGGCUUUCAACAAAUAAAAUACGAAAUCGACCCAGAGUAUUUGUUCUCGCCCAUCCGCGGUGAGGGCAAAUCGGAACGUGCCAUCGUUGAGAGCUACUUCAAGGUCAACUAUACGCACCGUUUCAACGUUGGAAGAAUUACUCGCCCGGGACGGUUCGGUCGAGUAAUUGUUAUUUCGAAGGACGAACAUAACAAAAACCUUUUACGAAGUGAAGUUUGGCAGGAGCUACGACUGCUGGAUGGAAUUAUACAGAACGCCACGGUCCAGUAUGAUGGAGAAACAUUCACUUACCGCGAAGCUUGCGCACGUUGGGAAAAUGAAUGUUUUACGAACGAUAUUCUUAAUCUGGAUAAAAUCAUCGACGAGGUUGAAGCUGGUGACUUAAAUUUAACAUUCCCUGUCAUGUUCAAUCCUGUGACGUGGGAUGCGCACGUCUUUCCGGUAUUCUUCGGUGGAACGCAGGUGUCGGAGGAUAAUCUGAUCAUUUCGGUGCCAUCGCUACAGUUAGUUUACUUUGUUACGGCUGAUUCCAAACGCCAGGAUGCGCGAGGUGCCGCCUGGGAAGAAGCGUUUCUAGAGGCCGUUGGGUAUGCAGAAGACCACGGUGUAUUUAAAUACAUUUCUGUUGCACGUUUCGCUUCGCGCACACUCGACCACGAGCUGGAGAGAAACACGCGAACUGUGGUGCCGUACUUUGGAUCAACUUUCAUCCUGAUGAUUGCGUUCAGCGUGGUGACCUGCAUGAUGGGUGACGUGGUACGAUCCAAACCCUGGCUCGGUUUGAUGGGUAAUGUGUCGGCUGUGAUGGCGACCUCUGCCGCCUUCGGAUUGGCCAUGUAUCUGGGCAUCGAGUUCAUCGGAAUCAAUUUAGCGGCACCGUUUCUUAUGAUUGGUAUCGGAAUCGAUGACACGUUCGUCAUGUUGGCUGCCUGGCGCCGGACGUCCGUAAAACUGUCCGUUCCGGAGCGCAUGGGUCACAUGAUGUCCGAAGCGGCCGUCUCUAUCACCAUCACCUCACUCACCGACAUGAUCUCCUUCUGGAUUGGUAUCCUCAGCCCAUUCCCGUCCGUGCAGAUCUUCUGCGCGUAUAGCGGAUUUGCGGUUUGCUUUACCUACCUCUGGCACAUUACAUUCUUUGCCGGUUGCAUGGCUGUAUCGGGACACUGCGAGUUCAAGAAUCUGCAUGCCAUCUUCGGAUACAAGGUUCUGCCGGAAUCGGUUGCUAUAAAAGAAAAACGAUCAUGGUUGUAUCGGAAGUUGAACACGGGUGGAAUUAACCGGGACGAUCCGGAUAAUCCUAUCGACAAUCGGGAACAUGUACUGAUGGCAUUCUUCCGCGAAACUAUGGCACGCAUACUGAACAAGGGCUGGACGAAAACCAUCAUUCUGGUGAUAUUUGCAGGCUAUCUAGGAGGCGCCUGCUUUGGUUUGACCAAGAUCAAGGAAGGUCUGGAACGUCGAAAGCUGUCCAAAGCAGAUUCUUACUCGGUGAAAUUCUUUGACCUGGAGGAUGAGUACUAUCGAGAGUUUCCGUACCGCAUACAGGUGAUCGUAACGGGUGAUCUCAACUAUUCCGAUCCUACCACACAAAUGCAGAUCGAAGAUUUGAUGCAAUCGCUUGAAAACACCUCGUACGUUACCUCACCAUUGUAUAGUGAAUCUUGGUUGCGAUCGUUCAUCUCGUAUGUCGAUCGAAACAAUGACUACCUUAACUUAACGCUGGACAGUGAGCAAGCGUUUAUCGAUGCACUGCGAGAGAUUUGGCUUUUCCCGGCGAACCCAUUCUCGCUGGAUGUGAAAUUCGACGAAAAGGGCACUAAAAUACUUGCCUCGCGCUUUAUGAUACAAGCGGUCAACAUAACGGAUACGAACCACGAGAAGGUUAUGGUAAAAGAUUUGAGACAGCUAUGCAAGGAUUCGCCGCUGAACGCAACCGUUUUUCAUCCGUACUUUGUGUUCUUCGAUCAAUUCGAGCUGGUACGACCCACCUCAAUACAGUCGAUGAUUGUCGGUGCCCUGAUCAUGAUGUUGAUCUCGUUCAUCUUUAUACCGAACUUCCUCUGCUCGCUGUGGGUUGCCUUCUCCAUCAUAUCGAUUGAGCUGGGCGUGGCCGGAUACAUGGCGCUAUGGGACGUGAAUCUCGAUUCGAUCUCCAUGAUCAAUCUAAUCAUGUGCAUCGGAUUUUCGGUGGACUUUACGGCACACAUCUGUUACACCUACAUGUCGUCCAAGGCACGUACACCGGACGAACGCGUGCGGGAGGCACUGUAUAGUUUGGGCAUGCCAAUUGUGCAGGGUAGUAUGAGCACGAUACUUGGCGUGGUUGCACUACUGCUAGCCGACAGCUACAUCUUCCUGGUGUUCUUCAAAAUGGUGUUUUUGGUGAUAUUCUUCGGUGCGAUGCAUGGUCUGUUCCUGUUGCCUGUGUUGCUGUCCCUCUUCGGGCCGGGUUCAUGCACGUCCAGUUACCAUCCGGACGAUGAUCACAAACUAUCACCGGUAGAGAAGACCUAUCCACAUCCGUACUGCAUUUCUCAUCCCCAGCUAGCGUUGACUGGUGCGUUCGGUAGUAAAAAUUUCCUCGGUGCACCGUACAAAGCGUACGGUGAGGAUAAGGAUCUCGGCAUUGGAACGUCCGGGGAAGAUUCGAGCGAAAGUUCAAGUAGCAAGUCCCAGCGACGGCAAGCAAUCGAGGAUGAAAACACACGCCGCCGGUACGAAGAAGGUUGGAGACGCUCGACACAUAAUCUUACCGGCCAGAGCCAGUUUCAGCCCAUGCUGGACCUUUACGGACAGGAGGCACUAUGGACGAAAACAACCGGUAAAGGCCCGUUGAAAAUAGCAAACGGUCGAUACGGAUACGAUGACAUGCUGCUCAAUGUGGCCCAAGGACAAACUACAGUGAAACAGCCACGGUCGGCUGAUUUUGAGCUGGAUCGAACAACGGAAGAUCGGCGUGAUCGUAGGAAAUCGGACGACGAGCGCUACAAGUCCCGGUACGAAGAUAACCGAACGUUCGUGGACGAUGAAAUGAUGGACGAUACUGAUUAUCAGCACACCAAUCGAUACUACGUCUACGAUACCAGCCACGUGAAGCGCCUUUCGAACGAUAGUGGAGCGGCCGGUAGUAGUACCACCAACAACAAUCCUGCCGGCACCAGUAUGCACCAUAUGAGCCACGGCAACAGUGGCGGCACAGCGACCGAUCAUCAAACAGCUCCCAGUACAACGCGUAGAAAGUUUUCCGACGAAAGCGACAAACGCAGACGUCACAGUGACGAACGUCGCCCUCGAAAGUUUUCCCCACCCGAGGGCAUAUACAAGCAGAACCCGCAUCGCUCAUCGUCGCAACAUAAUCUGUACUAUCCUAGGCAACCACCACAGCGAACAGCCUCCCAGAGCAGCCUCCAUCAGCUGCGCCAUAUGGGCGACAUGAGAUUUCCUUAACCACACCAACCCCCUAACCCCCUAAUCCAUUUUCCCGCUUUUCAUCGCUCAACAUUUAACGGAGGAACUGAUUCAUUGUAAACUGUGUACGUAAGCGUCAAACGAAUUGUCCAUGUGUGUGCGUGUUUUGGUAUGUGUGUUUGAAUGAGUGUUAGUGUGAAUGGUAGAGCGAAUGCACAUACAUAUUGCAUAGGAAAAUAUCAUGGAAUGAAUGUUCUUAAUCACACAAUAGUAGUAAUGUAAGGAUAAAAAAGCACAAUAACGAUAGUCCAUUCAUGAUUUGGAUCCGUUUGGCUUACCCUCAUCGAUUGUACGGAUGCCACUGUAGUAGCGUAGCGCCGACGCGUGACUGUAGCGCGCUUGCUCAUCAUUUCAUUAACGUGUAUUGCAGCAGCUACGGAUACGGUAAAUAGGAUUACUUUGACCAAAACGAUGCGUUGUUAAGUAAAUUUCGUCGUCAAAUGAGACAGGUUUGAAUUGGGACGGGGACUUAUUUAAGGUGCCGGCUUUUGGUAGGAAAAGGUUUGUUCAGUGUUAGUAAAUUAAAAAACAAAAAAACUGUUUCUUUCACAAAAAAACGAAUCUAUAUUAGCACGGAACAAUACAACGGAGACAAUUAAAUAGUGGACAGAUUGAGAGAACAACGUGAUUCCCGUGUGGAUGUAGCAUGUAAGAACUACUACGUACGUUUACAAUCAAAUGACCAAUAUGAGUCACCUGUAUAGAAGUCUUCGGUGGAAGUAUAUUGGCUAACAUUGUCUACAGAAAGCCCUUUCAGCUUAGACUGCUACUAUUUACAGUAAACGAAACGAAAUACCGCUAAACCGUUUCCCCGCUGAUUGACUUGAUGCUAAACUAUAAGCUUGUGUAUAAAUGAUAGUUUUACGGUUUCCUUUCCCCAUUGGCGCAGGGUUGCGCUUCGUUACUCAAAUUAUUUCUCACUCACGAGUUUUAUUUACCAUUCUUUUGUUUGUUUUUCUUCCUUCCUAAGGGUGCGACUUUUCCACUAGGCUUAAGAACUACAGAAUGGCGCUUUAUGAGAGAGGAAUGACAAAACAUAAAUGAAAAACACUUUGUGUCGUAGAGGUGGUGUUGAUAGCUUAGAUACUGUGGCUGUAUUUGAAUCUUUUUUCAAUUGAUUUGGAAACCUAGGCCAAAUCCAACACCUAGACAAUGUUCAUAGAAAACAUCGUUUGAAAUAAAUAGAGUAAAAAUAACA